GAUCUCUUCAAACGUCAACCAAUCAGCAUCACUGGCAGCUGGCGGGUUCUCCAAACAGUUGCAACGCGAUCCAAGUCAGCUCAAACCGCGUCGUCGGAGCGGCACCGUCGAAUGCGAUGCCGUCCUUCACGCCACAGCGCGAUCCUCCAGGGUCUACGAGACGUCCGUCGGUCAGCUCGGGUUCUCAGUUCCGGGCAACCAUCAGCGGUAGCAUCCCACGGCCCAACACAUCGCUUCGGACACCGAGGAUACACGCGUUCAGGAACAGCACCACAACGCAACCGUCAUACAACAUCCUCACGGGCGAGUCCAACCUGGACACUCCCGGCAGCGCCAUGGCGCGCCCCAGCUCCCGCCAAGGCGCUCCUUCAGGCCCGUCGCCUCCCCGAGGGCGCGCCGAUACCGUUGCAAGCAACGUCAGCCGCGAGAGCAGCAAAGAGAACCACCCCCCUGCUGGUGCAGAAGAGUAUGAGACUCAGCGCAGGCGCAUCGAGGAGCUCAAAGCUGAGGUCGGGACUCUGAAGUACCAAAUCAACAGCUACGAGCAAGAGAAGGAGCUAGCGCGGCUGCAGAUGGAGAACGAGAUGCGUGACACCAAGCGCCGCGCCGAGGAGGACUUCAAGGCCAAGCAAGCAGCUGAGGCCGAGAGGACAAGGGCUCAGCGCCAAGUGGAAGCGUUGCAAAAUGAGGUGGAGGAGCUGAGGACCGAGAAGGAGCGUCAAAAACGAGAGUUAGAGGCGAAGGCGAGAGAUGCGCUUGAGGAGGCCAGGCUGCUCCAGGAGCAGCUUGAAGAAUUGAGUGCAGCCAAGGACGAAGCUGCGCGGAUGGCGGAUCGCGCGGCGAUUGAACUGCAGGCGAAGCUUGCUUCUUCACAGCGCACAGUUCAGGAGCUCGAGGAGGAGAGCAGGACGCGGGAAGAAGCGCUAGAAAAGACCCAGGCGCUCUUGGGCGAAAAGGACGAGACGAUUGGCAGGUUAGAAGCGGAUGUGCUCCGGCUGAAGGCACAAACGGGCGAUGCGGAAACGAUCGCUGUCAUCAGACGGGAACUGUCCGACCAGGUCACUCACAUCCGCGCGCUCGAGGCGAAGAACAGGGAGCAGUCGACCGAGCUGAAACACUUGCGACAGGUUCACAAGGCCGUGGAGAUUGUCGAAGAGGAGAAGCGCUCCCUCCAGCGACGGGUAGAAGCGGCCGAGUCGCUUGAGAACGAGCUCAGUGAAGAGAGGACACAACGACAGAGAUUGGAGGACGAGAGACGGGCAUGGGCGGCAUACCUGCAGAGCGAAGGAGGCCUGGAGGGAUCUGAGUUUGAUUCACCGGAAGCCGUGGCCAGGGCACUGGUCGAAGAACGCCUACACUCCGCAUCUCUGGUGGAGAAGCUGGGAGAGCUUCAACCGGAGAUCGCCGAUCGAGACAAUAUCAUCAGAACGCUGGAGGUGGAGAAGGCUAGGUUGCGAGACCAAGUUGAAAAGCUCAGGACAGCAGGAGGUUCGGCUGCAGGCAACGAUAAGGCUCGUGCGCGUCUUGACCGGCAACGCGCUUUGGCUGUCAAGGAGGUCGAAUAUCUCCGUGCGCAGCUCAAGACAUUCGAUAUGGAGGACAUGACACUGCAGCCAGAGAGCGUUGACCAACAAAAGGUCAAGCGGAUCCAGGAACUAGAGGACUUGGUUGACAAGUACAAAGCUGAGGUCAGCACCCUACACGCCGAUCUCACCUCGCUGGAAUCGGCAUCGAUGAGCCCAGUACAGCCGGUCGUAGGCAGCAAACGCCCGCGCGAGACGGACGAAGCCGAGCACGAGCAAUUGGGCCAGCUGGCGCGUAAGAACCGCAAGCUCCAAUCCGAACUGACGGACCUUCAGAAGGCACACCGCCUCCUCCAGAAGGAGCACGAGGUAACUGCCGAGCAACUGGCGUCCGCCAAAGAGCAGCUCAAGACCCGCAUCCUAUCCCUCCGGUCCAACCCCACCUCGGACCACGAAGCGACCAAAGCCGCCACGCUCGCAGCGCUCAAGCUAGAAAACGCCGAACUCCUCGCCCACAUCCAGCGCCAACCAACCCUCUUCGCCACGGUACCCGCCUCGCAGCUCGCCGCCGCCCAGCGCGAGAUAGCCGAGGCCAAGGCGGAGACGGCGUCGGCGCACAAGACGUCCCGCCGCCUGAAAGAGGUGUGGGCGGCCAAGUCGGCCGAGUUCAAGGAGGCCGUGUUCUCGACGCUCGGCUGGACCGUCACCUUCAUCCCCGGCGGUAAGAUGCGCGUCGAGAGCGUCUACUACCCGUCGCAGACGGACGAGCACGAGAACAGCAUCGUGUUUGACGGCGAAAAGGGCACUAUGAAGGUCGGCGGGGGCCCACGAAGUGCUUUCGCGCAGAGGAUAGGGGACAACAUUAAGUUCUGGGUGCGCGAGAGGGGGUGUGUUCCGUGUUUCUUGGCUGCGUUGACGUUGGAGUUUUGGGAGGAGCAAAAUUCGAGGACUGGGAGGUCGGACGCAUCCAUGAUAGGGACGUGAGGGAAGAUGAGGCAGACCGGUGUGCAGGACUUAGAUAUGAUACCAAGCUGAUGAGGCCAUUGCUGCUUGAAUCUAAUGAAAGCUAUCAGCGCUGCAUAAUAAGCCAUUGGAUCAAGGC